GCAAACAGUGCUGGCUUCUGGCUGACCAAGGCGCCCACCCAUCGAGACCAGAGCAAGGAGCAUUUCAUUCUCGCCCCUGUGAUGUCUCACCCGCCAUUUUGAAUCAACUCUUUAGUCAUCACACACGCCUCGAGCAAGCCCCAUGAGUCCUCUCGACACUUCCCGUGGUCUUAGUUUGACCAACUGAUAACCAGGAAAUGACUGACAACCUGCAACUGUUUUCGAAAUUCGGACCAACCGCUUCCGAUACAACUGCUUCUACGCCCCCAAGAAGGUCUCCGGCCGGAUCCAGGGCGAUAUCUCAUGCCCGCCAUGGACCAAAAUUCACGACGCAAACGGACUUUACAAGCGAGCGAGCUACAAGAGCACUGAUACUCCGGGUGCUCUGUGCCCAGGUGCCCGGCCAUGGCUCGGAGCAGCGGGAUCGUGGAACCCCCCGACCACUCGAGGAGAUACUGCCUCCACUUACAAGCUCCAAUGAGGUCGAUCUUCAGCUUUACGCUUUGAUUGCGAUCAUCAUGAAGGAAUUUGUUUACCUCUGGUACUCGAAGAUUACCCCUGAUCACAGUUUCACCGAGGAAAUCAUCCAGGUGAUUGCCCAUUGCACGCGUGCUCUCGAACAACGCUUACGGCAAAUCGACAUACAUGCUCUUGUCUUGGACGAGAUUCCGUCGUUGAUUGAGGCCCAUGUCAUCGCGUAUCGUAUGGCAGACCAGAGCGCUAUGGCCGCUCGGUCCCAGGCCCAGUUCCGGAUCGCGUAUCACGCCUUGAACCCCCAUCCGGCCCUCUCUCCCGUGCCGUCGGUAUCGAACCCUGCAUCUGUCGUGGAGCAGCAGGAGAGAGAAUCGAUAUAUCGGCAGAUGCUAGCGCAAGGAAUCCUAGCCGUCCUCCUCCCCACGGAAGAUCUAGAAAACGUAUGCCUCAGGACGUUGGUGGGUGAUAUCCUUGCCGAUCUGCUGCUCGGGGAAAUCGUCGGCGGAAAGGUUGUGGAAGGCUGGUUUAUUUGGGAGGUCAUCACCAAACUUGCCGGAGAACUGAGGCCCGGACCGGAGGAGGCGAAUACGGAGAUGGAGGACACGGAAAUGAGUCAACCGGGAAGAGUUGGCCUUCUCUCCACUCGAACAGACACUGAUCCCAUCGGUAAUACGUCCGCUAAAACCCAGUCAUCACUAUCACUCCUCUUGUGGUCGAUUUUGCAGUAUGCGUAUCUGGCAUAUGCGGCAAUUCGAUUUGUUGCCCGCGAGCUGACCCAGGUAGCAUCACCAUCGUCAUUCAUGCCCGUGCGAGGGCUCGUGCCAGAGACGACUUCGAAAACCCCUGCAACUGAAACCCAAUCCUUGUCCAGUAGUAGCACCGUGCGACUUCCUAUUCUUAAAUAUAGGAUUUUUGGAAUGGCGGCGCGACUAGUCGAUGUCUCGAGGCGGAUGCCUUGGCUGGGAGGAUCGUUGGCUCUUGUCCAGCACGUCCUGCUGAGCGGUCCGGGGAGGCUUGGGGAGACGGACGGCGCUAUCGACAGGUGAGUUAAAUCUCGUUUGUUUCAUUUUGCGUUCUGCCAGUCUCAUUGCUCCGGUUAUUUGCGAGAUAUCCAUCUGUCCGUUUGCUUGCCCCGCAUGGGAUGGAAUUCCAAAUGGGUGUGGUCGCUCAGCGCCCUCGACCAGAUGGAGACCCCCGUGGGCUGUCUCGUCUCUGAUCCAUUUCGUCAUUCCCAGCCCACGCGGUUUCCCCUUUUUUUGAUGAUCCCUGGUGAACCAACGGAGCAAUCAGAGCGCAAAGCAGGGGUCUGAAGAAUCGACUGGUGACAUUGCCCGCAUGGCCUUUCAGUCACUUGAUCUGAUGGUGGGCAGCUUUUCCGUCCACCAAUUGU